UUCAGGGGUUCCGACUGACAUAAAAGCCAACAUGAAUGUGGGAACAGCGCACAGCGAGGUGAACCCCAACACCCGUGUCAUGAACAGCCGGGGCAUCUGGUUGUCCUACGUCCUUGGAAUCGGCCUGCUGCACGUCGUGCUGCUGAGCAUCCCCUUCUUCAGCGUUCCCGUGGUCUGGACUCUUACUAACAUCAUUCACAACAUGAGCAUGUACAUCUUCCUGCACACGGUGAAGGGCACGCCGUUCGAGACGCCCGACCAGGGGAAGGCCCGGCUGCUCACGCACUGGGAGCAGAUGGACUACGGGGUGCAGUUCACGGCGUCGCGCAAGUUCCUCACCAUCAUGCCCAUCGUGCUGUAUUUUCUAACCAGCUUUUACACAAAGUAUGACCGGAUACACUUCAUAAUCAACACCAUCUCCCUUAUGAGUGUCCUGAUCCCCAAACUGCCCCAGUUGCAUGGAGUCCGGAUCUUUGGGAUCAACAAGUACUGAACUGCUGGGAUGGAGCGAAUUGAAGAGGAGCAGGGGAGAGGGGGGGAAAAUUCCUUCUCCUUAGUCCUUCUCCUCAUCCUCAUGCACACUGGGAUAUAGUUUCACGGCGGCCGUUUAAAUGCAGUAUCCAAUAGACGUAUACCGCAUGCUGGAUCCUCAUGCCCAAUAAAUCUAAA